CGGCAGCAGCAGCGGCGGCGGGACAGGAAAGCAGCUGGAUUCCCGGGGCUGGAGCUACAGCUGCGGCGAUGGCGCACGAAGGCCCGAAGCAGGUCCGAGACCGCGGGGUGACCCGAUCCAAGGCGGAAAAGGCGCGGCCGCCUACGGUUCCGGUGCCGCAGGUGGAUAUAGUGCCUGGGCGGCUCACUGAGGCCGAGUGGAUGGCGCUCACGGCUCUCGAAGAGGGCGAGGAAGUGGUGGGGGACAUCUUGGCUGAUCUGCUGGCCCGAGUCAUGGACUCUGCCUUUAAAGUCUACCUGACCCAGCAGUGCAUUCCAUUCACCAUCAGUCAGGCACGGGAAGCCAUGCUGCAGAUCACCGAGUGGCGCUUCCUGGCCAGGGACGAGGGAGAAUCUGCAGUGGCAAAGGACCCCACAUGGGGCGAGGACGAGGAACCCUUGUCUUGCACGACGGACGCCUGGGCUCAGGGAUCCGUGCCCGUGCUGCACGCGCUGACCUCGGUAGGGCUGGAGGAGACCUUCCAAGGCGAAGUAAGCUCAGCCCCCAGCUACCUCCCAGCUGUCACCGCCGCCGCGUCUUCGAUCUCCUCAGGGCCUCACUGGACUGCUCCAACCUCCUCUCUACCCUUUCUGACAUCUCACCUCACCCCUCACCUCCACCCUGGUGCAUUUCCCCAGGACCAAGAGAACGUGGACCAGAUCCCUUUAGGAAGAUCGUGGAUGGAUACAGGCUCUCAGGAGCGGUGGGAGCGUCCUCCUGAACUGAGAGUCACUCCGGGCCCCCUACCCACCCCGGUCCUGUUUCAGGAGACAGGGCCCAGGGGUCCUUUAGAGAAACUGGACGACCAGGCGAGGGGCCACCUGUUUGCUGUCGGAUCCUUGAACGCGAGCAGCCAACCGUCGGGAGAGAUGGCGCCCGCCGGCCGUCCCCACCCUUCUCUGGAGCUGUCCUUGGUAGCCAGCCCUCAGGCCUCUGUUGAGAGGGCACAGCCCCUCAGUCAGUUCUCGCUCGAGGACCUCUACUACUCCCCGCCGCAGCCGCACGCGGCUGGAGACCGGCCGGAGCUCAAGGAGGAGAAGGUGCCCCGCAUCCCCUCGGUCGUGUUGGUGUCCGGCCCCUCUGCGGGCGGCCCCACCGCGCUCAGCACCGCCGGGGGUAUCCCGCCGCAGCAGCCCGGGCGCGCCGAUGCGCGGCCCAGCGCGCUUCACUACAGAAUGGGCCGCAAGGCGGCGAUGGCGCGCCUGGACCCGGCGCGGCUGCCGCGCCACUGGGUGCGCCCGCUGGCGGAGGUUCUGGUCCCAGACUCCGAGGCGCGCCCCCUGGAAGCCUACCGCGGGCGCCAGCGGGGCGAGAAGACCGAGGCCCCAGCCGGACCGCAAGCCUCCUCCCCCAGCGUCCGCGUCUCCCCGUCAGUGUUCUUCGCUAUCCCGCCUGGCGUUCCUUUCCGAGACUUGGGCCCCGGCCCCAGCCUCCAAUUCCCUACUUUAAGUUUAGGCCUACCGUCGCCAGGUUUUGGUUCAAAGCUGCCCUUCCCCAGUCCGGGGCUCCGUUUUGUCGUCACACACCCGGCGCGCCCCGACGUGGCCCGCAGCCCCAGCCCCAGACUAUGGCCGGGUGCCAAGUGGCCCAGCGGCUGGGAGGGGCAGGCCGAGUUGCUGGGUGAGCUGUGGGCUGGCCGCACCCGCGCACCUCUGCAGGGCCUGGACCCUGGGGACGGGGAGAGCCAGGAUCCUCACAAGUGGCUUCAUCCCGUGGCCCGAGUGCUCGAGGCCACGUCCCAGGUGAUGUGGAAGCCCGUGUUGCUGCCGGAAGCACCGAAGCUGGCUCCUGGUGUGAGCAUGUGGAACCCAACCACCCAGGUGCUGCUCAGCUCUGCUGAACCUCAAAAGGAGGACAAAGAAGGCAGCACCUCUCCUCCAUCCACACAGGCGCCCCGAAGCCCCAGGUGACCGUGGCACAGCUAAUGAAGAACUCAACCCCCAAAAUGUGGUCACUCCCCUCCAAGCACCUGCCCCAUUCUGAGCCCUGAACCUCAGGCAGUGUGAAACCUACCUUCCUUCUGUCUGCUUGCCAGAAAUAAACACCUGAGUUGCCUUAA